AUUAAGAGUCCCAUGUUUUUCCGAUUGAGCCCGCCAGGUGCCCCCGUGUUGCUCAUUUCUGUCAGCCCUGAGAGCAAGCAGAGAGCCUGCUGACCAUUUAGAGAGUGGGUACAACUUACCGUAUGGUGUUGGAGUCCGCUUUCUGUGGAUGCUGUCAGUGGACGCUGACAGGUUUUCAGAAGAUAAAGUUUUGGGUCCACGGACUAUUCCUGGUUUGUGGACCAUUUUUGAAGACACCCAUGGAGCCCCGCUUCUGAAGGGACAGCAGACAACCGAGGAGACCUCUAGGUUUAUGCUCGGGAGAUGCACGUUCAGACCUCUGCUCCCCCACUGGCUGCUUUGGUGACACGGACGGGUCCCCUCGCUUCUUUGAGCCUCCUUUCUCUAUCGGUGAAACGGGAACAAUAAUACUUUCCUCAGUAGGACUGUUGACAUUAUUCAUGUGGAUGAGCUAUGCGUUCAGAGCACUUGCAGACCAGAAAAUAUUACAGCGUCAUUUGCUAUUUCUUUAUGAAGCGCGGCUCUGUCGUAUCGCUAAAGAUGCUUUCUGAGAGAGACGGACUGAGGCUUGUGAGUUCACACCCAGAUUUUCACAGUGGCCUUUCGAGAAAAAUCACAAAGGAUGCACACAAUUCAAUUGCAGUAUGAACUCAGGAUGUGCAUGCUUGGGGAGGCAGCAGUGCCAGAAGCUUCCGCAAACUGAUGCUCUGGGCCCUGCCUGAGGAUUUGACUCGGCAGUGUUGACCUGGGGCUGGUCACCUGAGCCCUCUCCCCUGGGAGUGGGACAGUGUGAACUGAGUGCUGACUGUAUGCCCGAGGCUAGCAUGGGCCACCGAUCAACUAGUUGGUCUUCUUUCCCCAUCUGCCGUACUCUGAGAAGGAUGGGUUACUCAUGAUCACAGAGGAGGGUGCUGAGGCUUUGAGGGGCCAACAGCAGAGCAGAAAUCUGAGCUCAAAUCUCUGGUUCCUGACUCUGACUGUCUGCUCCCCACGCCAGGUCCCCCACAAGGGGCUACCAUUCUUAUCAUUAUCAGCCUCAUAAGCAGGUGAUGGCCUAGGUAAGUUGCUUUAGGUCCCAUGCGAUGGAGCUGGAUUUGCCUCAGAAGCUCUACCAGCCCUUCUAGAAUCGGGAGUGACGAUAGAAUUUAUUGAACAGACCAGGACACUUCUAAUAGUGAGAAGGGGUGGUGCUAUUAUUAAUUAGGGCCCCAAGGCAAGCAUAAGCCCAGACUGUCCAGCCAAAGCUGGGCAAACAGGCGGCCUCAAGCCCCCUACCUCUGUGGCCAGGGUUAUGCCACCUGCCAAGGUAACUGGGAGCGUUAGACCAGCCAGUUCUUAUGGUACCGCUAAAGGGUAAGGGACUGUCUGGCUUACUUACUGUGAGUCCCAGGGAAGUGACUUUGCCUAAGGUUGUGUAGCAAGUUGGCAACACAAUAUUUGAAAAUGGGAUGAGGCCUUAGAAAGAAUCACAUUAGCGCUAGAGCUUCCUUAAGUGGAGCAGAAUUAGGGAACGUUGGGCUCGGCUGAUGGUUAGUCCGGAGGGAGGGGGACAGAGGGCAGGGGUGGGGGUGGCCAUGGGGAGAUGGUGUAAGGCAUUCAUCUGGCUGGAGAAGGUCUGCCGUCCUCUACAGGCCUCGUCCCUUGGAAACCCAGGAGAUGCCCUCAGGCCCAGUGAGACUGAGAUGGUAUUUAAGGGCCAGGAGCAGAGACUUCUGGAAGAGCUGACCUCUCCCGCUCCCCCGUUCCGUUUUAGAGGCCUUGAGGAUCCCACUGGCCGGCGACUUGUGCAAGUUUAGUGGUUAAUCCUUCUGCUGAGGAAUUUUGGAAGGCAUUGAGGAAGGAAUUAAAAAUAACAGCAAGCAUGCCUUCUCUUUCUCUUUGAUUGUGUUAAAUGCAUGGAAUGUGCCAGGGCCUCUGUGAAGCACGUGGCCCCACAUAACCCCUCCGCCAGUGGAAUUCUGCAGAGGACAGGGAAGGGCUCGGAGCCAUUCCACCGCUGCUUUGUGUUCUCAGGAUUUGUUCCUGUGAUCUUCUCUUGCCCCGAAUAAUUUGUCGGAAGUCUGGAGAGGUCCCUGGAUGGCCGCCUGCAGGUGUCCCAUCGGAAGGGGCUCCCCCAUGUCAUCUACUGCCGCCUGUGGCGAUGGCCCGACCUGCACAGCCACCACGAGCUGCGGGCCAUGGAGCUGUGUGAGUUCGCCUUCAACAUGAAGAAGGACGAGGUCUGCGUGAAUCCCUACCACUAUCAGAGGGUAGAGACCCCAGUUCUACCUCCUGUGCUGGUCCCACGCCACACAGAGAUCCCGGCCGAGUUCCCCCCGCUGGACGACUACAGCCAUUCCAUCCCCGAGAACACGAACUUCCCCGCAGGCAUCGAGCCCCAGAGCAAUAUUCCAGAAACCCCACCCCCUGGCUACCUGAGUGAAGAUGGAGAGACCAGUGACCACCAGAUGAACCACAGCAUGGAUGCAGGUUCUCCAAACCUAUCCCCGAAUCCGAUGUCCCCAGCGCACAAUAAUUUGGACCUGCAGCCUGUCACCUACUGCGAGCCGGCCUUCUGGUGCUCCAUCUCCUACUAUGAACUGAACCAGCGCGUUGGGGAAACAUUCCACGCCUCGCAGCCUUCCAUGACCGUGGACGGCUUCACCGACCCCUCCAACUCGGAGCGCUUCUGCCUGGGGCUGCUCUCCAACGUCAACAGGAACGCGGCCGUGGAGCUCACACGGAGGCACAUCGGGCGAGGCGUGCGGCUGUACUACAUUGGAGGGGAGGUCUUCGCAGAGUGCCUCAGCGACAGCGCCAUCUUCGUCCAGUCGCCCAACUGUAACCAGCGCUAUGGCUGGCACCCGGCCACCGUCUGCAAGAUCCCGCCAGGGUGCAACCUGAAGAUCUUCAACAACCAGGAGUUUGCCGCCCUCCUGGCUCAGUCCGUCAACCAGGGCUUCGAGGCGGUCUACCAGUUGACCCGGAUGUGCACCAUCCGCAUGAGCUUUGUCAAAGGAUGGGGAGCAGAAUACAGGAGACAAACCGUGACCAGCACCCCCUGCUGGAUCGAGCUGCACCUGAAUGGGCCUUUGCAGUGGCUUGACAAGGUCCUCACUCAGAUGGGCUCCCCAAGCAUCCGCUGUUCCAGUGUGUCUUAGAGACACUGGGUGUGAAGGGGGAGGGUGGGUGGGAGGGUGGGCUUUGGGGGGAAAGGCCGCAUAGGAGGAGAAAAUUGGAACUCACUAUUGUCAAUGAAGAAAUUUUUCUCCCUCAAUCAAAGCGGCACUGACCUGUUUUCCAAAACGCAAAAGCAAACCCAGAGAUGGAUUUUCUGAACAGCUGUGUCUGCCAAACACAUGUGCCCUCUGGCCCCCAUUUGCAGGGCAAGAAAUGGCUUCUGCUCUGGCGGCUUGAGCAAACAGGUAGUAGUUCACCACCUGCCCCCUCCUCCCAGCCCCCUUCGGAUUUAAUGACAGCAAUAUGGGAUGUCACUGUCCAACAGGAAAUGGCCCUGGGUUCCGGACUGGAGUGUGAAACUCACCCUUGGGUGUUCUAGGUGGGACAGAGCCUGCAGGGGCGGGAGCGAACCUCUUGCCUAGCCCUCUGGUGCUUGUGACCAGUGCUUCAGCUGAGCAUUUCUGAGCCCCAGCACUCCAGCAGACCCUGCACCCAAGGAGCCGGAUUGACUUGGGGUGGGGAGGGGGGGCGCAUCUGUCCCCUUUCCUCUGACAGUGUCCCGAGAAGGGUGAGCCAGCGUGCUCAGAAUAUGUGCUCGUGGGGAAAAGUGGACGAGACCCCUCCUCUCAAAUUUGUCCUUUCUCACUUGGAACAGUUGGGAGAUCUGCUGAGACUCAGCGCUUAUACAAUGUAUAUUUUCUCUUCUCGCGUUAAUCUCAGAGAUUUGAAGCACGUGAGAUGCUCACGUGAGGCAGGAGGCAGUUGUCGCAUCAGUGGGGUCUGAGCGGAGGCGACGCUCCAUUCCGUGGGUCUGCAGUCCUCUGUAAGAGCUCACUUGCUAUUCUCAUGCAUCCGGCUCUCCUGGUUUACGUAGUCAGUUGCAUUAAUUAAAUGAGCUUUGUCGUAUGCUCGUUUAAAUGUUUAUUUUCUAUUUAAAAAAAAAUCCUGGUUGGCACAUUGACGGGGAAACCAGCAUUGUGGGGGGGCUGGCAACCUCUCUCUCUCAAGGUGAAGCUUUUCCAGGUUUUGUUGAGAAGACACCUGCCAGCACUUCUGGAAACUGAAAUUAACAGAAGCAAAUGCAACCGAAGGGAAAAAAAUCUCAGGCCAACAUAGGCAAAUGAAAAAGGGCUAUUAAUUUUUUUUUUUUUUAACACCUUGGAAAAUUGGAGCCUUGGAGCACAGAGGUGUGCCGUCUCCCCCCCACCCCACCCCCAGGGAUGUAAGAUUAUCUGGCUCACGGUGGAGGAUCAUCAGUGACGACUCCAGCAGCUAUACUGUGUAAGAAGUACUGUUCCCAGUGGCAAUUAGUGAGGAAACUGGUAUACAUUACUUCAACUGGAAAAAAAAUCCCUCCUUUUCAACAGGCCUCUUGCAGAAUACAGCAUUGCCACUUGUAACUGGGACUUGAUUCUUCGUCGCUGUUUUUGUAUGAAAUGACUUUAUCCCAUCUUUUUGCAUGGAUUUCUACCAGGAAAAGCCAAGGGAUUUCCCAUGGAAGUCCUGUCUGAUUCCAGGCGAAGGGCAGAAAAUGUCUACUUCUGGAGGGUAUAAAUAUCAAAUGUGAUGCCGUUUCUGAUGCCUUAUGGGGACAGUGGGAGCUUCCUGGCACCUCCCCGGCAGGAUCCUAAUGCCCCCCAGCUCUAGCCGUGUGGUUUCCAGGUAGGAGAGCUGCUCUCCAAGCUCCCUGAGGACACAGGAAGAGAUGGGAGGAGCACCUUGCCAGACCGAUGCUGGUCUCUGACUCAGAGCCCAGAGACCCUACACAACCGCCCUCUCCGAGACGGUCAGACACCAAGGGGCCGGGGUUCACCUGCUGUGAAGCCAUCUGCCGACUGCUGCUUCCAGGAAGCCGGCUGGGCCUACCUGGACGUGCACGCAUGCUCCUGGUCAGGUCUGAGACUUGUGGUGGGGGCACUCCACUGCAGCCUUCACUGGUGCCGUGGUGCCCUCCCCCAAAGCCAGGGCAGCGGUUUCCGAGGGCCUGCGUUCUCCAUCGGCCUCCUGCUCCUCCUAGGCCUUCCUGUGGCACACAGCCGUCCUCCCGUUUCUUGGGGACUCACUUCAGGUACAGCACGGUUUGAGCGAUCUGGUGGCUGCGCCUGGAUGGUGUCUUGGCACCCCUGAUGCUCAGGGCCGAGGGCUACUUUAGGAGGUGUGAAGUCUUAGUCUUGUGUUUCUACAAAAGCUUACUUGGCCCCUCUUCCUUAUAGACUAGACCCGUGGAGGAAGAUGUGAGAGGAGAAUGUAGGUAAGUCCACCUCUAGAAGAAAUUCAGACUUCGAGGUGAGGACUUGGUGCCCUUCCCAUCAGAGAGGCUGUAGCUGUACUGGGCAGGGGAGGUCCGCAGGGGUAGGGGGACUUGUGUCAUAUUAGUGGCCUUUUCUUUAAGUCACAAAGCGGAUUUCUUAGUUUGAAAAUCUUGUUGUAGGAAUGGCAUUUUCAUGUUAAAGAGAAUUUUUAAAGGACAGUUGAUAGGGGCAGGAGAAAAUAGGGUAGUCUGGGGGCAGGGGUGGAGGGCAGUUUUAACUGUCGUGUCCUGGGUGGGACUCCCCACCCAGUUGCCUUCACCCUGGGGCUAAUGCUGCCCCGAGCCCCCGAGGAGCUAGCCCUGGGCCUGAGGUCCUCAGCUGUGCACUGCCCCCAGGAGCCAACAUCUCUUCUCUUCCUUUCCUCCCCCACUCCGCUUCCCAACUUUAUUUAGUAACUUAGGUCCUUCCAGCACAAGCCCAGUAGGUAGCUGCCCCAGCGGCUUCGGGUUACAGGCUUGUGCUGGAACAUCAUCUCAGUUGGCCACCUUCCUGGCGGGCUGCAGACGAUCUGACAUUUUGAGACAAGCUGAGAGUCAGGAGCGGGGCCUCUGACUCCGCUUAGGAAGCGCGCGCGCACACAAGGGCAAGGCUGCUGGCAGACUUUCCCAUUGUCCUUAUGUUGUCUGUGUUGUAUUUUUUUAUUGACCGUGGUGAUUUUUUAAAAAUCAUUAAUGUAUUGGAAUGAGCUGUAGCACGUAUCUUGUGCUUAGGUUUUUUUUCCUCCAUCUUCCCUUGGCUUCCUAGAGUUUGGACCUAUCCCGGGGUUUACUCAAACUGCAGGAAAAGGCUUUAAGUAGCAUGUUCAUGUCACACAUGCAUGUAUGUCGUCUGGGGAGAAGGCAUAGGGGGUUUCAGCCUGGGCCCCCAGCGCCUCUGAGACUUCGUACCAGUCUUUCCCCAGGCCCAGAGCUCACCUGAGGCCCAUCUCUGUUGGCCUCAAAAGGAUGAGGAAGACAAAUCUGGGGACUGUUCACAGGCCAGUUUCCCAGGGGGGUUACCCAUAGCAAGAGUGGGACUGAGUUUAAUGCUGGGCUCUGUGUGACUUGAAGGGGCAGAGUCGGGAGUUGGCCCGAAGAUCUAUAGUAAGUCCCCAAUUUACUAAAAACGUGUGGUACCAUUUUUCUUUUCGGGGCCUGAACGUUCCCUUCUAGAUCAUCCAUCUGAGGAGUAUCCACUACUUCUCAAGAGGGUAGAAAAGCAAAACACAUACCCAGCAGGCUGUGGCUCUGACACGAAGAGGAGGGGUCUCUCAUAGAAGGGUGGAAGGCAGUGGGGACAUGAUGAGGUCCAGGCAACUUUCUAGAAACACAGCUAGCUGAUCAUGUAAACUGGAUUGAGAAAUGCUCUCAGUGAUUCUGUAACUGAUUUUUUUAUGCUGAAAUAAUGUACACUCUAGCAUUCUGGUGUUUUUAUAUUUAUGUAAUAAUUUCUUAAAACCAUUCAAGACAGAGAACUAUUUAAUUGUUUUGGAGAAAGUCAGAAGGGUCUCUCUGGGCAAGAGUCAGGGGCCCAGCCCGUUCUGAACGCUGCUGGUUGCGGGCACAGCGCUCAGCUUCCAGAAGCUACCCGCCCCCCUCCCCCCCAACCAAACUGGCUAAGCAUGUGGCAGCACGCACAAAUGGGAGGGGGGGCUGCAGGCUCAUCCCCAAGGGACCUCAGAACGCAUCCCCUCUCCCUUCAGAGCAGUGAGAUCUCCAGCCACAGGGAUGGAGCCAGAGCCCCUCCCUCCCCUCUUCACUCACCUCCCUGCUGCUGUGGUGAGGAGGCUCUUCCAGACACUCUGGGGUGGGGUUGGGGGGGCGGGGACAGAGUGUGGAGGGUGUUGGGUGACCUUCACUUCUCAGCCAGCCUGACCUUUGAACACCUUUGUAAAAAGCAUGUACGUAUUUAUAGUGGUUUAGAUUUUUCUAACUUUUGUAUCUUAAGAGCAGAGCACCUGUUUAAGCAUUUUACCCCUAUUGUUAAAGAUCUGUGUCAUCUCUUUCCCCUGUAAGUGCCCUUCUAAUAAACUUUUCAUUGAAAAGCU